UGUAUGUAAGUAAAGAUUUUAGCUACAUAAUGAAUUUUUUUCUGCAAAUGAACAAUCAAUAGAAUAAUUGUUUGCAUUAAACAGAGGAAGCUAAGAUGCAUCCUACAGCGAAGAAAAUAUGAGAAAGAAGUUAAACCUCCCCUUUCAGAACAUUAAAUUUGAGAUUAGUACUGAAUAUCCUGUAGAAAAAGUGAAACUUCACCAGAGACCUUGUCUCAUGACUCUGUCUACUGUCAAAGUUUAUAUAAGAUGCUUCAUAUGUUAUUUCUCCCAUAUAUGCAUACACUAGUGUGGGAAGCAAUUGUGAGACUCAAAAAGGUUUAAGAACUCAGUUUGCAAAAGACCUACUUUUUUCUUCCAAUAUAAAAUCAUUUUACCAAUGACCUCUUCUGAGAAUACUGUUGGAUUUUGAAUAGUGUGAUCUGGCUUUGAAAAUUGCUUGGCCAUAAAAAUUAGCAACUUUGAGAUACUUACUCCAGUUUAGCAAUCUUGGGAUAAUAGUUUAUCAUCAUCAAGUAUAAUGAGUUUAGUAUAAUCUCAGCCCAUUGUACCUCACUAAGUACAUUAGUACUUCACUAAGAAGAUAUAAAGAUAAAAUAGGUUCCAAAGAAGUACCAAGUCAGUUUACUGCAAUGUUUCUCAACAUCAGCAAUGUUAUGAUGUGUGGACUUCAACUCCCAGAAUUCUCUAAAUAGCAUUUCUUGUUUUCUCCAAAGAGAGUUGAAUUCCUUUACUCCCCCUCCUAGUCUUAUUGCAAUAUAAUGGGGAUUAUGGAAAAGGGAUUGGAUUCUAGUUUAGCUAGACCUGGGUUUGGAGAGCUUAUAUAUACUUUGCUUUCAAUUAUAUGUUGGAAUGUAAUUCACUCUAAAUAUUUUUUCCCUGAUACCAUGUGAGUUUCUUCAUGGCACUGUUGUCAGACACACAUGGAGAAGUUACAAGGAGCACUAUUGUAGCUAUUCUAACCCUAUGUUAUUUUUGGGUCUCAAAAGUCUACAUUAUGCAACUGAGUAGUAACUAGGUUCUGCUUCACUUCCAAAGUUACAUUAGAUGAUUGGCCAUGAAUGCUAGUGGCCCAGGAUAUCCUCUAGCCUCUCUCUAUGUGGGUGACCUGCAUCCAGAUGUUACUGAAGCCAUGUUGUACGAGAAGUUCUCACCUGCUGGAUCCAUCAUGUCCAUCAGAGUUUGUCGAGAUGUUGCCACACGGCGAUCUCUAGGUUAUGCUUACAUAAAUUUUCAACAGCCUGCUGAUGCUGAACGGGCUUUGGACACCAUGAAUUUUGAAGUCAUAAAAGGUCGGCCCAUUCGUAUCAUGUGGUCCCAGCGAGAUCCCGGACUCAGAAAAUCAGGUGUCGGGAAUAUUUUCAUCAAGAAUUUGGAUGAUUCCAUUGAUAACAAAGCCUUAUAUGAUACAUUCUCAGCUUUUGGAAAUAUUCUUUCUUGCAAAGUUGUUUGUGAUGAGAAUGGAUCUAGGGGUUAUGGCUUCGUCCAUUUUGAGACCCAUGAGGCAGCAAAUAGAGCAAUUGAUACAAUGAAUGGAAUGCUUCUAAAUGAUCGCAAGGUAUUUGUUGGCCACUUUAAGUCUCGCCGAGAGCGAGAAGCAGAAUAUGGAGCCAAAGCAAUGGAAUUCACUAAUGUCUACAUCAAAAACUUUGGAGAGGACAUGACUGACGAGAGGCUGCAAGAAAUAUUCUCAAAAUUUGGAAAAACUUUGAGUGUCAAGGUCAUGAAAGAUAAUACUGGCCGCUCAAAAGGAUUUGGUUUUGUCAAUUUUGAGAAGCAUCAAGAUGCUCAGAAGGCCGUUGAGCAGAUGGAUGGAAGUGAAAUCAAUGACCGAACAGUAUUUGUUGGCAGAGCCCAAAAAAGGAUGGAGCGACAAAACGAGCUGAAGCGUAAAUUUGAACAAAUGAAGCAGGAAAGAAUGAACAGAUAUCAGGGAGUAAACUUGUAUGUAAAGAACUUGGAUGAUGGCAUUGAUGAUGAGCACUUGAGAAAAGAAUUCUCACCCUAUGGAACCAUCACAAGUGCCAAGGUAAUGACGGAUGGUGGACACAGCAAAGGUUUUGGGUUUGUAUGUUUUUCUUCCCCAGAAGAAGCGACUAAGGCUGUGACUGAAAUGAAUGGACGCAUCGUCAGCACUAAGCCUUUGUAUGUUGCCCUUGCCCAACGGAAAGAGGAGAGAAAAGCCAUUCUCACCAACCAAUACAUGCAGAGGCUGGCCACUAUGAGAGCCUUCCCUGGUCCCCUCCUAUGUUCUUUCCACCCUUCUGCGGGCUACUUCCUGCCCUCAAUGCCACAGCCACAAACUAGAGCUACUUUCUACAGUCCUAGCCCAGUUGCCCCGGUCCGCCCAGCCCCUCGCUGGAACACUCAGUCCUCCAGACCUCCUUCAUCCUAUCAUCCAGCUACUCCAAUGGUAAGACCAAAUGGACCCCCUCGCCGCCUCCUCUCCAACAUCAGCACUAUGAGACAAGCCUCCACUCAAGUUCCCAGAGUACCAUCCACUGGCCAGAGAGUGGUCAACAUUGGAACCCAGACCAUUAGUGCGAGAGCAUCCUCUUCUCCAACUUUCUCACGUGGUGUCUCGCAGUACAAGUAUUCUUCAGCUGUGAGGAAUGUCCACCCUUUGGGCGCAGUAACAUCUCUGCCAAUGCAACAGGCUGUAGAACCAAUCAUUCAUAUCCAUGGACAGGAGCCUUUGACCACAUCCAUGCUGGCUGCAGCUCCUCCUCAAGAACAGAAACAAAUACUUGGUGAACGUCUCUAUCCUCUAAUUCAUGCAAGGCACCCCACCCUGGCUGGGAAGAUUACAGGCAUGCUGUUGGAGAUAGAUAAUUCUGACCUGCUACUUAUGCUGGAGUCACCAGAAUCCCUUCACUCUAAGAUCGAGGAAGCAGUAGCUGUGCUUCAAGCCCAUCAGAUCUCUGAAGCAACCCACAAGAGCAGUUCAAUGGCAUUUCUCCCCUGACGGAAGGAAAAAAAGAAAAUGGACAAUCCCCACUGAAGAGAGGACAAAACCUUCACGUUACCAGAGAUUUUAUGAAUAUCUCUUUAAACUAGUUGUUCUUGCAAAAAUCUAGCCUGAUUUGAAUUGUUUUCUUUUUUGCACUGAAUAACUAUUAUAGUAACUUUUCCUGUGUGUGAUCCUGGUAUAUAUGAUAAUGAUGCAGUAGGAAGAUGAAAAUGGAACGUAAUAAUUCUCUUAUGUUGUUUUUUGUAAAUUUAUUUUUCAGUCCUGGUUCUUUUUGGGUAACCUUAAGCUUGAGAGCCUGUAACGGUAUUUUAUUUAUUCCUGCUGCUGACUUGAUAAAACAGCUGAAACUUCA